ACAUCAAAAGCUGGAACAAUGAGUCUAAACGCUCAAAAAACUCUAAGCUUUAAGACUCUUCUACAAGCAAAAAGAGAUAUUAUGCAGAUAGUUAGAUCGGUUACUGCUACAAACGCCCAAGUGCAAGACAUCAAAGAUUUUAAAGAGAUGCCCGGACCACGUGUUGUACCGGUACUUGGUUCAGCAUGGGUGUUCCUGCCAAUUGUAGGGCGUUACAGUCUCCAAAAGCUCCAUCUUGCUUGGGUGGACAAACAGAGAUUAUACGGUGAUGUUAUUCGCGAAAAGUUUGGUCCACUUGAGUUUGUCUUUUCUUUUAAUCCCGAGCACUUAGACGUGGUGUACGAAAACGAAGGACCUUACCCUUCUAGAGGAGAAUUCGACACCUUGAAGUUCUACCGAGAGUCAAGGCCGAAAUGGUACAAGACUACUGGCGUGCUUGCAACACAGGGCAAAGAGUGGUGGGAUUUACGGUCCAAAACUCAGAAGCACUUGAUGAAGCCAAAAGCAAUUCAGGCUUAUCUUCUUCCAAUGCAAGAAGUCGCUAAGGAUUUUGUCCAGAGUAUACAGCUGGAAAGAGAUUCGAACGAAGAAGUCGCAGACUUUUUAGGAGAUCUGUACAAAUGGGCCCUUGAAUCCGUUGCUUUGGUUGGAUUGGACACGAGGCUGGGAUGCUUGGAGAGAAACUUAGCUCCGGAUUCUGAUGCAAUGAAAAUGAUUCGCUCUGUUCAAGCGCAGUUUGAUCUCAUGGGGAAACUGGAGAUGGUUCCUUUAUACAAAUACUUCUCUACACCAAACUGGAGGCGAUAUACGAAGGCUUCUGACAUUUUUUCAGAAAUCGCCUUCAGAUACAUUAAUAAUGCAUUGAACGAACUAAAGGCCAAUGAAGAGCAUGAAGACAAAGAGUUGACUUUGCUGCAAACACUUCUAUUGGAAAAAGGGUUGGACCUUUCUGGUGCCAUGGUGACAGUUGCCGAUAUGCUCAUGGCAGGUAUUGAUACGGGUUGA